CAGCCAGCCACGCCUCCAACGGCAGCUCACCAGCUGAGUCUCUCAAUGCAGGAUAGUACGUCAAUAUCAUUGUCCCACUCAACUAUUGGGCUGGAGAACCAUGGGCAUCCCCUGUCAGGGGUUAGUGUUCAAAAAUGUGAGGAAUGGCCGCUUCGCUCGAGAUUUCGGAUUUUCCUCCGUGACAGCACACAAAACCUAGGCGCCGCCCUUCCGUUCCCAUUCCUCGCCAAGGAUCAUGAAGUUGGGAGAAGGAUAGAAUCCACUGUUUUGCGCGACAACAAGGAGGGUAUUGACAGUGGGAGCUUGGGGUGAAAAACUGGCUGUCGUUCGGUCGUCACUCGUUCACCAUGAUUGUAACAAAUUCCCCAACCAUGGGCCCCAGCAUCAGCGGUCUGUUUUCUCCUCGGCGGGCGCGGGUUUGGGUCGCCUUCACGCUGACUUGCGCCCUGCUGCUGUUCCUUGCGCGCCAGAGGGGGGCGGCAGCGGAAUGGAACGCCGGGCAACAGCCACCGCCAAACUCGGUCGCAGCUCCAGACGAUCAGGGGCCGAAGGAGGUUCGUGGAGAUGAGGUCGACUGGUCCAAGUUCGCCUAUCUUCAAUACGUAACCAACAGUCACUACCUCUGCAACUCGGUCAUGCUUUUCGGGCAGCUGCAUCAGCUUGGCAGCAAGGCGGAUCGUGUGAUGAUGUACCCGGAGGGGAUGUUCAACCUUGAGGUUUCUGAAGGUGCACGGAGGGGGAAAGGCGGGAAGCGUCAUGAUAUCGAGCUGCUGAACAAGGCGAGGGAUGACUUCAACGUCAAGUUGGUACCGGUAUCGGUGCAGCAUAGAGCCACAGCGGACUCCACAUGGGCUGAGUCCUUCACCAAACUUCUGGCCUUCAACCAAACACAGUAUUCUAGGGUUCUAUCGCUGGACUCGGAUGCUGUGUUGUUGGGGUCUGUAGACGAGCUGUUCACCCUUCCGCCGUCUCCAGUCGCGAUGCCACGGGCAUAUUGGCUGUAUCCCGAGGAAAAGAAGCUAGCGUCCCAUAUCCUGCUUGUCGAGCCAAGUGCGGAAGAGUUUGAGAGAGUGUUGGACGCCACAAACAAGGGCGGUGAGGACGAGUAUGACAUGGAGAUCCUCAACACAUUGUACCAGGAUAGUGCCAUGGUGAUCCCACACAGACGGUAUGCUCUGCUGACGCAGGUGUUUCGUUGGGAGGAUGGCGAGCAUGCCAAGUACUUGGGGAGUGAUCGCGAGGAGUGGGACCCGAUCGAGGUGUUUAACGAGGCGAAAUACUUGCACUUUUCGGAUUGGCCGCUACCAAAGCCAUGGCUGGGGGCGGCCGAGGACUUGCGGCAGAGGCUCGAGCCGAAAUGUCGCGACAAGGGCGGCGUGGAGUCGUGCGUCGAGAGGGACAUUUGGAACGGGAUCUAUCGGGAUUUUCAUGAGAGACGUCAGCGUGUUUGUGGCUAUUCGAUCGAUCCACCAGAGAGGUGA